GAGAACACAGCAAUUUUGACGGACUGGGUCGACGAAACGAAACGCAAACCAAGCAAGAUAAAUGUUGCCUUAUCGGCUCGCUUGUCAGGACUGUGGUGUGAAGUUUGACACCAUCCGCCGCUUCAAGCAGCAUGUCCGCAGGAAGCAACAUCAACAGCAAGUGGCAGAGCUCUUCCAGACAGAUGAGUACCACGGUCAAGUCUACUUUGCCCCUUUCUUGGUUCUGGAGCAUCUGGCCAGGAAACCCACAAACACCCCAUAUCCCAUCAUCGGUCUGUGCCUGGUGACAUUGUGUGUCAGUCCAGAGGGGAGGGAUACUUUCUACCUUUGUCACAGUUGUGAGGAGAAGUGUGGCCCAGGACAGAUCAUAGACCACCUCCUCUCUGCUGACCACCUCUCCAACUACUAUAGCUACACAGACCCUGAUGUGUUGAGUUUCUCCUGGAUGCCUAACAUGGAUAUGUUGAACCUCCUACGGCCGCUAGCUGUCAAAGAGAUGGACAAGAAUGGACCUGGAGUGCUACGGGUGCUGGACAUGCCUAAGAGUGUGUCUGUGAAGUUGAAGACAAGUGGCUACUCUAAAGUCAUGCAGGCCCUGACUCAGACUGACAGGCUGGCUGAGUGUAUCAGAGCUGACAGACCAGAAAGGAUGACUAUACAAGAGUACCACAGAGACCCCAACAGGAAACACCCUCUGCUGGGUCUACAGCACCUGGUGGAGUACUGCUGUGAAGGGCAUGGCCAAAGGAGAUCCUACCUCUGUCAGCUCUGCCGCCUCCCUGUCCCCUCACGGAGGGUCAUCCAACACACACUCGGCUUCGACCACCUCUACUGGUACUUCAAGGUGUUUCACCCCUCCACCCUCCUGAUGAAGGACUGUUAUAAAGAGUACAGCUGCAGGUUCAUCGCCAUGAUCCUGGACCUGGCCAAUCAGGUGCAAGACAUCAGUCAGUCAGCUAAUAUGGAGAUACAGCAAGUUGUGUUGGAACCAGCAGUGUUCUCCUCAGUUGAGUUUUCUGUCUACACAGAGGCUCUGAGGAAGUUACAGACCAUUAGGAGAGCUCGUAAGGAGGGCAGCCUUAAGACCAGCAUUAUACCUGGAGACAAACUGGUUCCUUCCUCAGAAGGGUCAAAGAUUAUCAAAGAUGUUACCAUGACUAACGUUGCUGAGGCUGUUCCUAUGGAGACCAAGUCAAGCCCAGAGAAGACCUAUGUCACACCUACAGCUGUUGAGACUGUAGCUACAGCAAGUACUGCUCCAGUUGUUACCAAAGCUACUAGCCAGAGAGGGACCUGUCGACUGCACUGUCAGGACUGCAACGUGCUAUGUGAGUCUGUGUCGCAGUACAAGUUACAUGUCCGUCACUGGAAACACAAGGAGAUGCUGGGAGUUAUCUUUGAACCAGGGGACGAGGACAGUAAAGCCUGCAUCCCAUCCUUUACCUUGUAUGAGUACAUCCGGAGCUCAGAAAGAACUGAACCAAUUAUUGGUGUCUAUCUGUUGGUGAUGUGUUUGAGUACUGAGUGUUGGAAAACACCCUUCUACCUGUGUCACACCUGCCAGGAGAUAAUUCCUGCCAAUCUCGUCAUGACUCACCUCACCUCCACACUCCACCUUCGACGCACCCUGAUGUACCAGAGUCCGCAGUGUCUGCCAUUCGGGUGGGGGACAGAGAUGGGCCUGGAGGUCCUGAAGACUUUGGCCUGGGAGGAGGAGAGAGUCCGAGGAGAGAGAGACAAUGUACUGAAGGUGUUUGAUAUUCCUGACAAUGUUUUCCACAGCAUUAAGAUGUCCUCCUACUCCUCCGCCAUGAAGAAACUCAAGAACUUCCAUCGUUAUCUAAAAGUUGACAGGCCGCUGACGUUUUCCGCCCAUCUGAAAAACAAAGACCGGAGGAUUCCUAUGCUGGGUCUGCAGUUCCUGGUUCAGUACAGUGUUACUAGGGCCGGGGCCUCGUCUCCAGGCUGGGCCUUCCUGUGUUUGUUGUGUGAGAGGAAGUUGUCAGACGGACUCAGCAUCGCUCACAUACACAGCUAUGAACAUGUCACCACGUUCCUGGAGCGUGCCCAUCCAGGCUCUGUGAAAGAGGUAGAGGAGUCUGAUAAGAGGAGCGAAAUACUGCUGGACCUGGCACAACAGGCUGAGAAAAUACAUGCCAUGGGGUGUCUACAGUUCAUGAUGUUGCAACGCUACAUCGGGGAGUCCGUCAUCUAUGAGAAAGCCUUAGUGAUCUUGAAGGCGAUCAAGAAGAGAGAGAACAUGGGAGACCUGAUGCCCAUGCUACCACUUGGCAAGAAACUGGUUCCCUCCAGUUCGAUCAGAGACCAGAGCCAGACUACCCCAGAACCUGCCCCUACAUCUGUAGGAGAGGAGAAACCGACCAGGAAAGAGACUGACAAAGACAAUGAGACCGAGAUGGACAGAGAGGCCACCCCAGAAACCAUUCAAAUGACCCAGGAGACUGGGGUGGAAGUGGAUAAACGCAUUGGCAAAGAAACCUGCAGUGACCCCAGUACAAACACUGGCAGAGAGACCAGUAAAGACACUGGCAGAGAGACCAGUAAAGACACUGGCAGAGAGACCAGUAAAGACACUGGCAGAGAGACCAGUAAAGACACUGGCAGAGAGACCAGUAAAGACACUGGCAGAGAGACCAGUAAAGACACUGGCAGAGAGACCAGUAAAGACAGAGAGACCAGUAAAGACACUGGCAGAGAGACCAGUAAAGACACUGGCAGAGAGACCAGUAAAGACACUGGCAGAGAGACCAGUAAAGACACUGGCAGAGAGACCAGUAAAGACACUGGCAGAGAGACCAGUAAAGACACUGGCAGAGAGACCAGUACGGACACUGGCAGAGAGACCAGUACGGACACUGGCAGAGAGACCAGUACGGACACUGGCAGAGAGACCAGUACGGACACUGGCAGAGAGACCAGUACGGACACUGGCAGAGAGACCAGUACGGACACUGGCAGAGAGACCAGUACGGACACUGGCAGAGAGACCAGUACGGACAGCAGGAGCAGAGGGAAAGAUAAGGAGGCGGAAAAGAUAAUCAAGGAGAUGGAGACUGGCAAAAAAGAGACCAGUACAGAGACUGUCAAAAAGUUAGGGAGUAAGACUAGAAACAUGACAGUCCAUGAGACCAGCAAAGACACUGGGAAAAUGACCAGUACAGAGACUAUUAAGGAGACUGAGAGAGAGACCUGUAGAGCUGUUAGUAUAGUGGCCAGUAGAGCCAGCAAUAGAGAAACCAAAAAAAAGCCAGAGACUUGUAAAACACCUGAAAAGAAGACCAAUACGCAGACUGUGAAAGAAAAAACUAAAGUGACUUCUCCCCCCAUCUCCCCACCAACCACUAAUCUGUGGGAUUUCCUGAAGAGGCAGAACCGAGGGGCUGUGAUUGGUCUGAAUGCACUCAUCGAGUGCCACAGUCACGGCCAGCCCCCCCUCUACCUCUGCCAGGUGUGUGGGUGUAAAGUCUUCCAGAACGCCAUCAUCGUCCAUGUAACCACAGACUGCCACCGACUUUCCUACCUGAGGUCGCUGAAGACAGUGGUUGUCCCCAAAGGGAACCAGCUCCAUAAGAAGUUGAGGAGAGCUGCCUUGAAGCUGGAGAGGACCAUGGGAUAUGGAGAGGCUGAGGUAACGGAGUUGGAUGCAAACACUUACAAUUUUGUUGCAGAAAGAUCCUUUGCCAUUGGCCUGAACAUUGUAAUGAAGGUCAUAAAUGGUGACCCUUCACCUGACCCCCGACUGUUGGUCAGCCCUAAACCCCCUGACACCUCACCCCAGGUCAGCCCUGACCCCUCACUCCAGGUGUCAGAGGUCAGCAACCCCACCCUGACCUCUACAGCUCUGUGGUCCUACCUGAAUGCCUCCACCAGGACACAGCCUGUCAUCGGUGUCAGUAUGUUGACAGAGUUGCCAGACAGACAUGGUGACUACUUCCUCUGCCGCUGCUGUUCUCACAGGAUGUUUACGUCAUCCCUCAUUGGACACCUAAUCUCUGCUCGACACCGCUACCACUACAUAAAACUAGUGUACCCUGAGCUGGCUGCUGAUUGGCCAGUGAGCCCAGAGCUGACGGUGAAGGCGGGGCCUCUUCAUGAGGAGCUGAGAGUGAGAGCUGCAGAACUGGAGGCACAGGAGGGACUAGGACAGCUCACGGUGGUAAAGAGAGAACCUGCUGCUGGAGACACAACCACUACCAAUACUGAAGAGACUGCCCAGCAGAGCCAGAACGGCUCACCUCCUCUCACUGUGAAAGAGGAACCGGUUGACUCCAUAGUACCGUCCCAGCCCCCUAGAGGAGAAAAGAGGAACAAGAGGAGGAGCAACCCUGUGGUUGGUGUGAACUUCCUGGUCCAGGUGUCUCACAGGAGAAGGAAACAGUACUACUGUCAGCUAUGUUCUGUCAGGAUGAAACACGCUAUUUCUGAUCACAUGACCAGCCUCAGCCACCGACACAACUAUGUGAGGUUGAAGUACCCUGGUUGGACCUCCAGCCCGGUAGAGAUGGAGAAGAAGCUGUUCAAAAUGGCCGUUCACCUGGAGAAGGUCGACAGAGACGCAGGAAUGGGCAUGCAGAAGGUAGAAGUGGAAGCUGAUGAGUACAAAGAGCUGUUGUCCUUUCCUGUGGAGGAAGGUGUCAGUAAACUGCAAGCCAUCAUCAGACGGCAACAAGAGCCAUGCGAUCUGAGACACACAGCUCCCUCGACCAAUCACAACCCAGAGGAUCUGAGACAGACAGCUCCCUUGUCCAAUCCCGAUGCAGCCCAAUGUCCAGCUCAAGGUAUGUGUGGGGCAGAGUCACGUGAGACCGAGGGAGUGUGUCCUCUCCCUGUCAGUCUAUCAGAGGAGGAGAAUGACCAGACGCUCCUGGUUCAGAUCUCAAUGUUUUUGGGAGAAGACCAGGAACCCCUACAAGUACCUUCCCCGUUCCUCCAGGAUCAGCCAUCCCUUACUUCCAUCCCUCUCCCACUCUCUACACCUCACCCUAUCCCCCUCUCUUCCUCAAUCCCUCCCUCCCUCUCUCCCUCAAACCCCUUUUCUACCUCUCUUUCCACAGUUGUCCUAUCUACCUCACCCUCCCUCUCUUCCUCCAUACCAUCCCACACCCCCUCAUUGUCCACAGAGAAGACGACACACCCCUCCCCUGUCUCUGUCCCUGUUUCUGCACCUCUCUCAGCUCUGAGGAGCUCAACACAUUUGAAGGACUGGGAGACUUCUCUGAGUCCAGAGUGGUGGGAGCGGAAGAGCCCAGAAUGCAGAGAGACGCAGACGCUUCUAGAAAUACCAGACAGACACACUCUUCUGGACUACUCGGACAGAGACAGACAGAUUGAAUACUCAGCGAGAGGCCGACAGACUGCAUACACUGAGAGAAACCGACAGACUCAUCUAGAAUACUCUGAGAGAGAGAGACAGGUAGACUACUCAGAGCGAGAGAGACGGGCAGACUACUCAGAGAGAGAGAGACGGGCAGACUACUCAGAGAGAGGCAGACGGGCGGACUACUCCGAGGGAGGCAGACUGGCGGACUCCUCCGAGGGAGGCAGACGGGCGGACUUCUCCGAGGGAGGCAGACGGGCGGACUACUCCGAGGGAGGCAGACGGGCGGACUACUCCGAGGGAGGCAGACGGGCGGACUACUCCGAGGAGGCAGACGGGCGGACUACUCCGAGGGAGGCAGACGGGCGGACUACUCCGAGGGAGGCAGACGGGCGGACUACUCCGAGGGAGGCAGACGGGCGGACUACUCCGAGGGAGGCAGACGGGCGGACUACUCCGAGGGAGGCAGACGGGCGGACUACUCCGAGGGAGGCAGACGGGCGGACUACUCCGAGGGAGGCAGACGGGCGGACUACUCCGAGGGAGGCAGACGGGCGGACUACUCCGAGGGAGGCAGACGGGCGGACUACUCCGAGGGAGGCAGACGGGCGGACUACUCCGAGGGAGACCUGGACGAAGACCAAGAACACACACAUCAUCACAGUGAACACACACAUCAUCACAGUGAACACACACAUCAUCACAGUGAACACACACAUCAUCACAGUGAACACACACAUCAGCACAGUGAACACACACAUCAGCACAGUGAACACACACACUUCGAGCAGGCCCCAGCAAGCUGGCUCAGUGUUCCACAGGUGUAUCUGCUGCCGGACACACCCGCAGCAAAGAGGGUUGUCGGCCCCAGCCACCUGUCCAAAUACCUGAAAGUGAAGGGCCUUCACAACACAGAACCGAUCAUAGGUCUGGGCAGUGUGGUGGAGUGUAGAGGUAUAUCCCAGGCUACGUUUUUCAUGUGUGUGAGCUGUGCUGAGACUCUCUCCAGUACACACA